AUGUUCAUCGCUUAUCUAAGGGUACCUAGGUUGAUUAGUAGGAGAGUUUUCUCUACUAGUCACCUCUGCCGAGUAAAACCGCAGUAUGAUGAUGCUGAAAUAUUGGCUGAACAAGUGAACCAUAGUGUAUACAAAGCCAAACGUACUAGAAUGGACUACAAUUGGAAUGCAAAGUCUCAAGCAGAGGUAGAAAAAGAACAUGAAGAUCGCAUCGAGAAAAUGCAAAAGCUUUCUGCUAUUUUUCAGGGUAUGCUGUUCCUUUUCGGUAUCGGUACAGUCGGUACCUUAUACUUACAAUGGCCUCAAGUUAAAGGGUGGUGGCUGGCUAAAGAUAUUAGGGUUGAUGAUGAUACUAUUGAAAGGCUAAUAAGAUUUAAAAGGAAGAAAGCUAUUCUAGCUAUCCCAUCUUUACCAAUAGAUCAACCCACAUCUGAUGUUCCUGGGCUUUAUUAUUGGGGGUCUAGAUUAGGAGACGGUAAUAGUAACUUUCCUGUACGUGUUCCUUGGUUUGACAACAAACAUUUAAGAAGUAUUGCUUUAGCGGAAAGUGGAUUGAACUUAGCCAUCGAUGAGAAAGGUGAUCUCUAUCGGUGGGAUACAAAUAGUUGUGAAUUAUAUCUUCCAGAUCAAAAUCUCCUAGAAGUUCAUAUAUCUAAUGGUGCUGCUUAUGCGCUAAAUAAGCAGGGGGAAAUUCUUAUCGUUCCUUUAUCUGAUGAAAAACUACUCAAAAGACACAUCUCGUGGCAUAGAUCUUUUGUGAAACCUUGGCGUAAGUACUGCUUUUACGACUGGAAACUAGAUACUGCCUCUGUUUUCAAAUCCAGAACCGAAUCAAGAAUUGAACAGUUUUCAGUUGGUAUUGAGCAUCUAAUCUUUCUUUCAAAUGGCGGUAAAGCAUAUGCAUGUGCUACAGGGAUUAAAACAAAAAAGUCUGGUGUUUCAAAGGGCCAAUUUGGUGUUCCAGAACUCUCUAGGUUUGACACCUUUCCAGAGUGUAAUAAGGCAUUUGAAAUAGAGCUUCUAAAUUCUACGGUAACUGAUGAUGGCAAAUUGUGUUCAAGAACCAUAGAACAGAUAGCAUGCGGUAGUUAUCACACUUUAGCUCGCGAUUCAGAUGGCCACAUAUAUUCAUUUGGUAUCAAUACACAUGGCCAGCUAGGUCUACCAAUAUCCUAUGAUUCAGAAUAUGUCCCAUUCCCUAAAAUGGUUGGAAACUUCAGAGCUCAUUUUCCACAAAAUCAAUUUAAAUGCGUAGACAUACACUGCUGUGGCGAUACGUCCUUUGUAGGCAUUGUACCACAGACAGUAGCAGAUAAUUAUGUUCAGAACCAAAAUGGUAACAUAGGUCCCGGCUAUGAAAAUGCUACUUACUUUUCUUUUGGAAAUGGUAUUCAAGGUCAGUUGGGCAACGGCCAUUUUAAGCACUCACUUCAUGAACCUACGAAAAUGAAAGUGAUUAAUGAUACCAAUGGUGAUCAAGCACAGCAAUCUAAGGGCUCACAUGUCACUGAAUGGUAUUGUGGUGAGAGACAUAUUAUGUGCAAAUUAGAAAAUGGUGAACUACUAGCCUGGGGCUGUAAUGAAAACGGCCAGCUAGGAAAUGGAAAAAGAGUAAGGUGGGCACGGCCAGGAAACAUUCCCAAGUUACUCGAACCACGUGUUGAUUACACGGAAGAGCCUAGUAAAACCUUGUUCAACCCGGAAAAUAAACUGAUAUUAUCGAAAAACCAACAAAUAGCACUUGGCCCGAACUCUUCAUGUUUAUAUUGGAAAAUUGACAAAUGA